AUGCUACAGGCAUUGACAGACGCCUUCUUCGAGCACAUCUUUCCCUUCUACUCGGUAGUGGACAGAUCUGAUGUGUUUGGUCCCAACCCUUCGAUCCUACUGCAACAGGCCAUUUGUCUCGCGGCAAGUUUGAUACGCCACGAUCAGACUAGCUUAGAUCUUGCCUAUGCCCAGUACGAGAAGGUGAAGACCCUGAUACACCUCAACUACGAGCUCGACCACCUGGUGCUACUAAAGACAUUAUGCAUCGUGUCAUGCUGGAGCCCCUACCCCACUGACUGUGUUACCAUCGAUGGCCCUUGGCAUUGGUCAGGAAUGGCGAUACGACUGGCUAUUCAGAUGGGUCUGCAUAAGCAGUCAACAUAUACUAAUCAGCCGAAUUCUAGCUGCUUUCGGCGGAUUUUCUGGCACCUUAUUAAUAUCGAUAACUUUCUAAUAGCUUGUUGGGGUCGCCCACUCGCUAUCAAACUCGAGGACUGCGAUGUGACCCCGCUUACAAUUCAAGACUUCCCUGACAACAACCUUCCAACUUUAGUCGCUCUCGAGGGCCGCAGGAUUCUCGAAAUCAUUGGCACUAUUGGCGAGCUCAACAUUCAAAAGCGCAACAUCUUGUCGGAAGAGAUCUUGAAGCUCAUUACUUCAUUGAGCGAAUGGCAACGAGAUCUCCCUGAUGAGCUUCGGCUGCACGAUGUAGAUGGUGCCAGACGACCAUUCCAUCGCCCCACAUCCGAACUCUUCAUCUAUUACUUCGGCGCCAUUAUCCUCCUGCAGAUUUUAGGCCAGAGACCUUAUCAGCAGUGGCAAUCGUCAACCCUAUCUCUUACUGCAGCUUCGUGCAUGGCUUCGCUCUACGAAGAGAUCCACUCACGAGAGCAGUCGACUUAUCUCCUAAACUUCCACGGCUUCUUUUGCAUGGCCGCUGCUGUGCCGCUCAUUCUUUGCUCACGCCCUUUAGGGGACUACGACGAGCGCGAAAGCCAGAUGGAGGUGAUUUGCUCUGUUCUGGAGUGCUUGAGGACGAGAUAUGGCGGUGCUGACCUCGUGCUGAGGAAAGUGCAGAGGCUACGCAGCGACUCUGAGAGUUUUGAGGGGACCAUUUUACAAGAGUCCCGGGUGGAUCGGAUGGAUUCUACUGCGAGGCGCAGACUUGAAGAAUGCUGGGAUCAGCUCUUCCCCUUUCCGCCCAGCUUCUGCAAGCGUGUGGAUGGCCUGGAUUUUCUCGAUAUGUUCGGCUCUGACAGCACUGACUGCGUUGGAGUCGCUCCCAACUUGACCAUGUUUGACAUAUUGGGGAUGGACACGACCUCGUUUAAUGUAUUUGGGUCUGAGCCGAGUCUCGAUUCGUUCGAUACUUGCCCGAGAUAA